AUGGCCAACCACUCGUGCGCCCCAAACGCCUGCGCGGCGCCCGGUAAUCCAGGGACGCUGCGGGCGCUCAGGGAUAUUGCCGAGGGAGACGAGAUUACCAUUAUGUAUACCAAGCGGAAUGCGAGAUUCAAGUGCCGCGAAGGUAGCGGAGGACCCUUGGCCAGGAUCCCGAGGGCCAAGCGAAGGAGACACGCACCCGUCGUUACGGGGGCAGAUAACUGGGGCAUGGGGGACGGCGACGGCUAUCAAGCUACUGAUGAUGGAAGGGACGGAUCCUCAACCGAAAUGAGGAAUUGGAGUCACAAGUUCAAGACGGCCAUGUCUCAGCUCUGGAAUUCGCGAUCUGGUUGA